AUGAAGGAAUUUGACAUCAAAGAAAAAGAAAGAAUACAGGUCAUUAAUGUUUUGAGAAACAAAGCAGAUGACAAAGGUUGGACGAAGGUAUUUCAUCGAGGAAAUUCUGGACCUAUUCAUGCAUCCGAACUAAAGCCAAAGAAGAAGAUGAAGAAGGUUCCUCAAAAGAUGAAACAUAAACUCGAUUUACCAUUCUACAAGUUCCAAAAGGUUGAAAAGAAAAAGAAAGCAUUCGAGGACUUGAGAGAACAAUUCGAACGAGACCAAGCUCUUAUUGAAAGAAUGAAAAGAGAGAAAAAGUUCGAGACUGUGAGCAAAGCCAAUGACUCCAAUAUUUAG